CGCGGCGCUGCCUGAGGAGGCGGCGGGACGCGUCCGGCGGUGCGGCCGCCCCGCGGCGCUGCUAGGCCUCUUAAAGGGACCGCGGCCUCUCUCGGCGUGGGGAGACUGCGGGCCGCCCCCAGCCCCGCUGCUCGCCCGUUCUUCGGUCCCACAUCAGGUCCCUCCUUGGAGCAGCUCCCUGCCCGUUCUCCGUGUGCUCCUCGGUGUGCGAACCGCAGCUGGGCUCGGCAGGGCUGCGGCAGCGGGGGCUCAGCGGGGUCGCGGCCCAGCCCCGCCCCGCACAAGGCUCCGGUGCCCGGGGGGGUGAAGCAGGAGGGGGAGGGCGGCGAGCAGAACCGAAAUGUGCGUGCCCAGCGUGGUGGUGAUCCCUGCGGGGCUCUGGGGACAGAGCGGGGCUGCGGGCGAGCACCAGAACGCCUUUUCCCCCUUGAUCGGAGCGUGCUCGGGCAGAACGGGGAGAGUCCGAGCUGGGUCCCCGCUCCAAGAGCGGCUCAGGAGCUGGAAUUGGCAUCGUGUCUGUCACGCUGAGAGACCCCGAGGAUCUGUGUGUGCUGUGCUUGCAAAUACAGGGACUGUUUUAGCAGGAGUGUGGGCGGGUGCUCUGCGGGGUGUUCGCAGGGAAAGGAAACUCCGCCAGGAAAACUCUGCUUUUAAUGAGUUCCCCGGGCUCCUUGAGGAUCAGAGGGCAGAAGGAGCUCCGGACAGGGCCUCGCUGAGGAUUCUGAACGGGACUGUGGGCAAGGGAUUGGGUUACACCUGGCCAGAGCCGGGGGAGCAAAACAGAGCCUUGUAACUCAAUGCCCGAGAGGGGCCAGUGCCAGGCUGGCAGCGGAGCCGGGGGCUGUGCCCAGCCUCGUGCCCGGUGGUGGAGUUAAUUCCAGCGCUCUGAAACCGCUCCAUGAAGGGACACGGCUGGAGCCUCGGGACCUGAUGACUGUGGCCUUGAGUAAUGGUUUAAAAUGGUUCUGCUGCUCCAGUCCUGCCGUGCAGCAUCGUCCCAGUUUGUCCUUCCUGCUGGUACCUCUCAGGAAAUAGACAGACGGUUGGAAAAGAAGCUGAAGAUCACACAGAAGGAAAGCAGCAGAAAGUCCAAAUCUCCUCCCAAAGUGCCGAUUGUGAUCCAGGACGACAGCCUUCCCGCGGGACCCCCGCCCCAGAUCCGCAUCCUCAAGCGCCCCACGAGCAACGGCGUCCUCAGCACCCCCAACUCGGCCAGCCGCCCCGCCUUCCCCGUCAAAUCGCUGGCACAGCGCGAGGCCGAGUACGCCGAGGCCAGGAAACGCAUCCUGGGCAGCGCCAGCCCCGAGGAGGAGCAGGAGAAGCCCAUCCUGGACAGGUGAGAGCAGCCCCGUGGCUCCUGGGGGAUUCCUGCCCGGCGCUGCCGGGGAUGGGUGGGCUCCUUGGGGGACACAGGGAGAGCCUCAGCCGCGUGGGAGUGAGGGGAAGCGCCAUAAAUCCUGGAAUCAUUGAGGCUGGAAAAGUCCUCUGGGAUCACAGAGCCCAGCCAGUGACUGGCACUGCUGUGUUUGCCACUGAACGUGUCCCCAGGUGCCACAUCCGUGUGCCUUUGGGACACUUCCAGGGGUCCAGGCUUCUCUGUGCCAGGCCCUCACAGGGAGGAAUUCCUUCCCAACAUCCAAUCCAUUCCUGCCCUCUGGCAGUGGGAAUCUAUUCCCCCUUGGCCUCUUGUCCAGAGUCCCUCUGUCUUUCCUGCUGGUCCCUUCAGGCACAGCAAGGCCACGGUUGGGUCGCCCCAGGGGUUCUCUGUUGUAGGCUGAACAAUCCC